AUGACAUUUUGCUUGUUAACAGACAAAAGAGAACAAAACAUGGCAAAGGUAUUGACUGGCAACAGUGAUACAGCCUCAGUGGUGGAGCAUCGCUUAUUGCCCCCAAUAUUUGCAAGCAAAGUCCGUCUGUUUCCGCACAGUCUGCAUAGAAGAACAGUGUGUCUGCGUGCCGAAUUACUUGGCUGCAUGGAUGACGGUGGUAUCGUUAGUUAUUCAAUACCGCAGUCUCCGGAGCCCGAACUGAGCGACUCCAGCUACGACGGCAACCGAACCUCCGGUCGUUUAACUGGCGGCUUGGGCAGGCUCGUCGAUGGACAGUACGGGGCCGAUAAUUUCCGACUAGAUAUAGGUUACGGUAAAGGAAACGGCUGGGUAGGUUGGAGGAACACUUCAUUAGGCGAACGAUACGUAGAGUUAAUCUUCGAGUUCGAUCAGUUGCGGAACUUCAGUGCCAUUCAUCUGUUCACCAACAACUUCUUCAGCAAAGAUGUCCAGGUUUUUUCAAGAGCAAAAAUCUGGUUUUCCGUUGGUGGUUUACAUUACAAUGGUAGACCUCUGGGAUAUUCUUAUAUGCCUGACAGAGCCUUAGAAGUAGCCCGAGAUGUGACAAUAGCUUUACAUCAUAGAUUGGCAAGAUUUGUCAAAAUUCGACUUUAUUUUGCAGCUUCAUGGAUUAUGCUGAGCGAAGUCCUCUUUGAUAGUGAACCAUUAGGAUACAACGCAACGGAUGAAAUUGAGUUAAAUACCAGUGACGAAGAAAUUUUGGUCAACCCAGAAAUUGGGGUAGCUUUUGAUACAUUUGAAACAGUACAAGCUCAUCAAGAUGAAGGUGGUUAUGUAGAAGCCGUUAUAGGCGUCUUGACCGCUGUUAUGCUAUUGCUUUUAGUUGUUUUUGUAAUCAUCUUGAUAUUGAGUAGACGACAAAAACUUCAAGGAUCGCCUACGAUAUUAAGAAAUCCAUUUGGUGUUACUAUAAACAUGAAGGAUCUCCUGAUGAACUUGGCGCCGUCGUCGAAUGGCGGUGCCGGUGGUAGUAGCGCUGCCUCGCCGGUGGGACAGGCGCCUCCUGGAGGUGCUGGAAGCCCCGCCACGUCACCUUUGCUUGUCAACGGAGGUACCGGCAGCUAUGUAGCUCUCACUUCAUCGCUUAUUGACUGCGAAGCACCUUCCAGCGACAACGAAUCGAGACUGAUUUCUGCAAAAUCGGCACCGUCCGCCAGCCCAUCACCGACGGUAACACCUUCGAUUAUGUCUGCACAGUCUCCAGCUACGCCCACCAGGCGACUGAUCAGCGCGACCAGCAACGGGUCCAUGACCCUGAUUCCAAAUGGCAGAUCAAGGGUAGCCGGAAAAGGAUCAUGUUUGGGACCAUACCACCAGCAACCUCAGUCGAUUAAUAAUAAUAAUGAUUCGCUGCGGAGGAGUGAUCAGCAUACUGUUGGAAGGAAGUCGGAAUCUUCAGAAAGGACGAAGAGGUGUCAUACUGCACCAAGGGAUAGGCAUAGGGUGGCCCCUCCAGUUGUGUGCUGGAACAUUGCGCCGAGUAUGGGCAGACCGUACAGUUGCCGCGAAAGCGAGUUGGCUCCGGUCCCUAGAUAUUGUCUAAACGUAGUUGAAAAAUUUGGCUCCAGUCAUGCAGGAGAGGUAUUGACUGGCAACAGUGAUACAGCUUCAGUGGUGGAGCAUCGCUUAUUGCCUCCAAUAUUUGCAAGUAAAGUCCGCCUGUUUCCGCACAGUUUGCAUAGAAGAACUGUGUGUCUGCGUGCCGAAUUACUUGGCUGCAUGGAUGACGGUAAAGUUGUGAGUACAAUUUGUUGA